AUGCCAACAGCCGUGUUUCGAUAUCUGAGCCUCUUUUUGGUUCUGGCUACGUUAAGUUGCCCAGAGGCAGCACCUUCAGCGGAUAAGGAUUCAAAAGUAGAGCAACUGGUUCGAGUUUAUCCCAUAAAUGAGGAACAAUAUGAGAAAUUGCUGCAAUUUACAAAUGGCAAGAAUGUUAUAUCCGAGGCGCGUUUAACCAGCGCCGGAUUCACUUCAGUACGCAACAGUCUCGACUCCGGCUGGAAUUCCCUGCUCCGGAUUAUGGGACUGACGACAACAAGUCGCUCGGAGGUGGCCAAGAUCGAUAUCGAUGGUCAACCCUUGUGUGUGAUGAGACGCAGCUUCGAUGAGAGUGAAGCACGUGCCACUUCUGACGAGGAUUCUGUAAUCAAUUGCAUUGUUGUACUCAAGAAGGAUUCUAUUUCGGAAACCCAGUCUGCUGAUAGCAGCAAUCCCAGCUUUGCUCCUUACUGGUAUCAGGAGAAUCCAGUUCAAACAGCACCUCAACAACAUCCAUUUCCCUUGGAGCCACAAGCUUCUCAAUUAAUUGCCCAACAGGAAGUUUCUCCAGCUGAAGACGACGAGGAACGACAGGUGGCAACCACAACGCCUGCUCCCAAGGUUAAGAAGCUCAGGAGCAAACCCAAAUCCAAGUCCAAUUCAAGGUCCAAGUUGCAGAAGAAGAAAACCGCUUUAAAUGCCGAAGCAUCCAGACAAUAUGGUUCUCCCUUUGGAGCCCCAACAUCUCCCUAUGGCAGUCCCUAUGGCGGCGCCUAUCCCUAUGGAGGUUUCAAUCAGAAUCCCUACGGAGGCUUCAAUCCCUAUGCCUUUCUAUCCGCCAAGUCCUUUUUACGGACAACCCUCGCCCUACAAUCCCUAUCCAUUCUUUGA